CACGACGAGGGCGGCGGUGGCGGCGGGCCCGGCGCGGCCAUGGGCGCGGCGGCGGCCGAGGCGGACCGGACCCUCUUCGUGGGCAACCUGGACCCGAAAGUCACCGAGGAGCUGAUCUUCGAGCUCUUCCACCAGGCAGGUCCAGUAAUUAAAGUUAAAAUCCCUAAGGAUAGAGAUGGUAAACCAAAGCAAUUUGCAUUUGUGAAUUUCAAACAUGAAGAAUCUGUCCCUUAUGGAAUGAGUCUGCUUAAUGGGAUCAAACUUUUUGGAAGGCCUAUCAAAAUUCAGUUCCGAUCAGGGAGCAGUCAUGCAUCUCACGAUGGUAAUUCAUCUUGUUCGCCACAUGGAACUGCCAGUACAAGCCCAUCCAGCACACCACAUUCAGCAUCAAAUCCUAGCAGAUAUGACAGGAGUCUAGAUCAUAUGGUAGCGGCAGGAUUCACAUCUGUGCAGAGGUCUCCUGAUAAUCUUCAGAGACAAGCCAUGAUGAAUAGCGCGAUGUGGCAGCAGCCUCAAUACAGUGGGAAAUACGAUCAGCCUGGCUUUCCUGUCUCAGGGUACCAGCACGGUCAUUCGUUUAAUCACUCUCCAGCCCCUCAAAUGCAGUGGCGCCCAGACGUACCUUCAGCGCUGCGCAAGACCAGGAUGAGUUCCCAUCCCUAUUACCCGGAGGGGCGGCAUUUCGGCCGCGAGCAGCGUUUUGGGGACCGCGGGCCCGACUACUGCAGGGGCAAAAGGGAUGACUACAGCUAUGAAGACAGAAGUCGUGACCCUGAUCAUCAUUACAGGGGGAACAGAGAAGAAUCUGGCUACGAUGAUAGGAAUCGUGAGGGCUGGAGCCAUGAUUACGAUCACAGGAGAGAGAGCUACAGAGAGGGCAAAUGGUGCCCAUCACGGCAUUAACAAGUAUUCACCAAGCUGUAAAGAACUUACUGGGAGAAGGAAGUUGAAUGUUAAAUCUGUUCCUAAUUGUAUAUGUGUAUAAAAAAACUCCCUCAAAGUUACCUUUUAAUGUUUGUAAAACUAUUAGCAACGCAAUCCUCCGAAACUAGCAUCUGAAUUUUUAACGUGUUAACUUUUCACCUCAGGGUUUUAUGCAGGAAAAAAAGUAUGCCACAAUUUACAAGAAAUCAUUGCUGUUUGCUUGUAAUAUAAAGAAAAUCUGUUUGUAUUUUUGUAGCGCAGUUGAAAGAGGUAGUCUCCGUCUCGGAUACGGACGUAGACCUUUAAACAGACUGGAAGCGGUGUGAUGCUUUGUGGCAUCCAAUACACUUCAAACAGUGUUUUGAUACAGAAACGUUACCUUUGAAUACGUCUCGGAGAAGAGUAUUAAAACCUUCCCUGUAAAACAAAAAA